AUGGGUAAACAUAAACGGAGUGCGCGGAAAUACAGUAGUGAUUCGUCUGAUGACGAAGAUUAUUCGCGCGAAUUGUUUAAAGUGAUCAAAAAAUUGAAGACGAAACACAGGAAUAAGCGCCGCCGUCGUAGGAGUUCUACUUUGUCAUCUUCGUCAAGAGAUUCCAGUGUAUCAGAUCGAGGUAGCCGUCGAAAAAGGCGAAGGUCACGCUCUACUUCAAGAAAUGGCGCAUACUCUCCUGAAAUUUCGGAGCCGGAAGUAGAUCAUCCACCAACUUUAGAAAGAGAACAAGGGUCACCGCUUUUGAAUUGGGCACCUCCGGCAAAUUUCUCGAGUGUUCUCGAGAUGCAACAUGUGACUUCUGAAGCUGCUGAUUCGCAAAAUAAUAGAAUGAAAAAAGGCGUUAUUAAUUCUCUUGGGAAACGUUGCCUGGAAGAUAGGUCCCUUGCGCCGGCUGUCCUGGAGGACAUUGCCAUCCGCUGGAAGGACAUUAUUAAAAUUGGCCUUUCUUCAGACGAAAGAGAGCAACACUCGCCCUAA